GAUGGACUUCAAUUCACAGAUCAUCAUUUUUUUGGUUGAACCAGAAUAAUAAAGCGGCAUAGAUUUUGAAGAGAGCCUUAAUCCAAAUAGUCUGAAAUACCAACAAUGGAUAUUAUUGAGGGCUUAACGCGUCCCGAGCAAAUACAUGGUCCUCAUGGGGAAGAAAAUAAGGCCAAUAUUCAAAAUAUCCGCCAGUUUAUCUCUGCAGUCGAGCUUACGAUCCCAUCCGGGCCCUCAAAAGACUUUCAAAUGCAUGAUGGCACAGCCAGAGUACACGGACGAAUUACCAUUCCCAUUCUCUCUCAGAAUGCCACCUUUUCGGAGAAUAACAAAAAUUGGAACGCAUUGCAGGCUUUCACACCAACACUUGAAAAGUUUAUUUGUAUAGCUUCUAUGUCUUUGAUGAAAAGUCUGGAAAUAAAUCAUCCAGCGACUCAAGGGAGAACCCAGAAUGACUAUGAAGCAGCUCUUGAGAUUUGUCAGCGUGCUUUGCCUGCUGGCCAAAAAGCGAUGCUCUUCAGUGACAAAAUACGUCGAGUUAAUUGUUUUUCUCAUGUUCGAAUAUCGGCAAAUGUCUCUAUGGGAAACCCUUGGGAGAAGCUAGCACCAGAUACAGACACCAGAGCUUGCGGACCCUGGGUAGUUAUAGUUCCAUGGGGAACAUGGCACGUCCUUGGUAACUGGUCUCAUGGGGGAAGGAUAGUUAUUCCCAGUGGCAUCGAUAUGGAAUUGAAACCCGGCGAUUACUUACGCCUGCGGAAAGAAAUGUAUGUUUAUAAUUCUCCUUUUGCACCGUUUCCGGGCAACCAAAGGUAUCAAUUCGAGUACUUCAUGCCGCAUAUUCCAGAGCAUAAUGGCGAGAGGUUUGAAGACGUGGCUGAAUUAGCCAAAGUACUAGAAACAGAAUGUCCCGAGACUGUGGUGGAUUCUGUAGCGUUUUGAGGAAAAAUCAAUGAUUCUGGAGAACCGCAGCCUUAGUGUGUUUAUUUUCAUCAAGUACAACUAAUCAAUGAAUGGGAGUAGCUGAAAUUACCUUUUACUUCCACUUUUGUCUCUUGGAGACAAUUGCGUGUCAGGCUGAAAACAAGUGAGGAUAGGAGGUAGAAGUUAGAACAUGAUCAAAACCAAAAAAAGAGUCAACGAAUUAGAAUCCUUCCAUUCUUCUUUUCCUGUAUCGUUGAUUGUAAAUAACCUGAUGGACCAUACUUAAAAUACCAAAUGAUGACCA